GACAAUAAUGUGGAGGAAAAUAAUGACUGAUCGCCACGUAUAUCGUCUUCCCUGUGUUUCUCUGCACUAUAAUAUAAACUUGGCUCUUAUGAUCCGCACAACAUGUCACAGUUCUCUUUAACUCAUGCUUUUUCCCACUUGCAAACUCCAAAUUCACUCUCUGACAGUUUUUGCAGCCAAUUAAGAAGAACUUAACAGACAUAUAAACAUAGUGAUCGUCAUGUCUACGCAACCAAAGCUUGGUCGGAUUUCCAGUAUCAGAGACCGAGUUGAAGACACUCUCUCUGCUCACCGUAACGAACUCAUUUCUCUCCUCUCCAGGUAUGUGGCUCAGGGGAAAGGGAUUUUGCAACCCCAUAAUUUGAUUGAUGAACUUGACAACAUCCCUGGUGAUGAUGAAGCAAUAGUGGAUCUUAAAAACGGUCCCUUUGGUGAAAUUGUCAAGUCUGCAAAGGAAGCCAUAGUUUUGCCUCCUUUUGUGGCAAUAGCAGUUCGUCCAAGACCUGGUGUUUGGGAAUAUGUCCGUGUUAAUGUCUCUGAUCUCAGCGUGGAGCAAUUAAGCAUUUCCGAAUAUCUCAGCUUCAAGGAAGAACUUGUAGAUGGAAAGAUUAAUGAGAAUUUUGUAUUGGAGCUUGAUUUUGAGCCAUUUAAUGCCACGUUUCCUCGUCCAACCCGCUCAGCAUCCAUUGGCAAUGGUGUCCAAUUUCUUAAUCGCCACCUUUCAUCAAUUAUGUUUCGCAACAAGGAUUCCUUGCAGCCCUUGCUUGAUUUCCUCCGAGCUCACAAAUACAAGGGCCAUGCUCUGAUGAUAAAUGAGAGAGUACAAACCAUUUCCAAUCUUCAGUCUGCAUUGGCCAAGGCUGAGGAUUAUCUUUCUAAGCUUGCUAGUGAUACACUCUAUUCAGAGUUUGAAUAUGUAUUACAAGGAAUGGGUUUUGAGAGAGGUUGGGGUGAUACUGCUGAACGGGUAUUGGAAAUGAUGCAUCUGCUACUGGAUAUUCUUCAGGCUCCUGAUCCUUCUACACUAGAGACUUUUCUUGGGAGAGUGCCAAUGGUAUUCAAUGUUGUUAUAUUAUCUCCUCAUGGCUACUUUGGACAAGCCAAUGUCUUGGGUUUGCCUGACACUGGUGGGCAGGUUGUUUAUAUACUAGAUCAAGUGCGUGCCCUUGAAAAUGAGAUGCUCCUUCGGAUCAAGAAACAAGGACUUGAUUUCACUCCCAGAAUUCUAAUUGUUACCAGGUUAAUACCUGAUGCAAAGGGGACAACAUGCAACCAGCGGCUAGAAAGAGUCAGUGGUACUGACCAUACUCAUAUUUUGCGAGUUCCAUUCAGAUCAGAGUCAGGAACUCUCCGUAAAUGGAUCUCAAGGUUUGAUGUGUGGCCUUAUCUAGAGACUUAUGCAGAGGAUGUUGCAAGUGAAAUUGCUGCUGAGUUACAAGGGUAUCCUGAUUUCAUCAUUGGAAACUACAGUGAUGGGAAUCUUGUUGCAUCUUUAUUGGCUUAUAAAAUGGGAGUUACCCAGUGCACAAUCGCGCAUGCACUUGAGAAGACAAAAUAUCCAGAUUCAGAUUUAUAUUGGAAGAAAUUUGAGGAUAAAUACCACUUUUCAUGCCAAUUUACUGCUGACCUAAUAGCCAUGAAUAAUGCUGAUUUUAUAAUCACCAGUACAUACCAGGAGAUUGCAGGAACGAAAAAUACUGUUGGCCAGUAUGAGAGCCACACUGGUUUUACUCUUCCUGGGCUCUAUAGGGUUGUCCAUGGCAUUGAUGUUUUUGAUCCCAAGUUCAAUAUUGUCUCUCCUGGAGCUGAUAUGUCAAUAUAUUUCCCCUACUCUGAAAAGCAGAACAGGCUUACAGCCCUGCAUGGUUCAAUUGAAAAGCUGUUAUUUGAUCCUGAGCAGACUGAUGAAUACAUUGGUUCAUUGAAAGACAAGUCAAAGCCCAUAAUUUUCUCCAUGGCAAGGCUAGACAGAGUGAAAAACAUAACUGGAUUGGUAGAAUGCUUUGGUAAGAACAGCAAAUUGAGGGAACUGGUCAACCUUGUCGUAGUAGCUGGUUAUAUUGAUGUAAAGAAGUCGAGUGACAGAGAAGAAAUUGCAGAAAUUGAGAAGAUGCACGAGCUCAUGAAAAAGUAUAAUUUAAAUGGUGAUUUUCGUUGGAUUGCUGCCCAAACAAAUAGGGCACGUAACGGGGAGCUGUAUCGCUACAUAGCAGACACACAAGGUGCUUUCAUUCAGCCUGCUUUCUAUGAAGCUUUUGGACUUACAGUUGUGGAGGCCAUGACUUGUGGACUCCCCACUUUUGCUACUUGUCAUGGUGGUCCUGCUGAGAUCAUUGAGCAUGGUAUAUCAGGAUUCCACAUUGAUCCUUAUCAUCCUGAUCAAGCUUCAGAGCUAUUGGUUGAAUUUUUCCAAAAGAGCAAGGAGGACCCAGACCAUUGGAAGAAAAUAUCUAAUGGUGGUCUUCAAAGAAUUUAUGAAAGGUACACUUGGAAGAUUUAUUCUGAAAGGCUUAUGACCUUGGCGGGAGUUUAUAGUUUCUGGAAAUACGUUUCCAAAUUAGAGAGGCGUGAAACUCGACGAUAUCUUGAGAUGUUCUAUAUCCUCAAGUUCCGUGAUUUGGCAAAUUCUGUUCCGCUUGCAAAGGAUGAUGCAAGUUAAGUAGCUAUAUAUAUAUAAUUUCACCAAGGCUUGACAGCAGACAUAAUAAGAGUCAUAUAUGUAAAUAUAAAAGUCUGCUUCUCGUGUUUUGAAAUCUUGUGAUGCGACCUAGAGGAGUUUCAUGGAAGACUUGUCUAUGUUAACUUCGAUUAUGUAUAUGCAAGAGAUGGCGAGCAAUUGUUGUUGAAUUUGGAUGUCUCUUGUUUUCGUUUGAUUAGCAGUUAUCAAAGAUCUAGACCUGGGAAUUACCUGUGAGGAUUGUUAUCCUUACUGAUGGGUAAGAAUAAAGCAUUAUGAAUCAAUGGCCUAAUGGUCUGUAUUGUGGCAUUGUAUAUAUGAUGAGACGGUCUAGCCAACCCAGUGUUGGGUGUAACAUUUACUAAAUGGCCUUGAAUUUCUUAAGUUUGAAAAUAACACUUUUAUCAUGAAUUAAUGUCAUAAAA